UUGGGCCGAGGCGUGAGGCGCGCGCGCUCCCAGGCGAGCGGCGGAGUGAUCCGUGAGUGAGCUGCUGUGCUGCGGCUGUCGCUGCUUCCCGGGCCCUCCACACCCUCCUCCGCGCUAAAACAGAACGGACGGUGGCGACGGUUCAAAUUACUCUUGGGUUUCGGCCGUUGCGGAUAGAGGAAAAGCGCGGUCCACGCCGGCUCUGCUCCGGCCGCCGACUGACUGGCGCUCACGUCUGCGCGUCUGAAAUUCACAGCUAAAAGUUUGGCUUGAGUCUCAGAAGAGAUUCUCACUUGGAUUUUUGAAAAAUGCUGGAACUGUUGCGACUGGGAAAAGGACUAUUGUACCCUCUGUUGUACAUAGAAUAGCUAUGUUAGAGUUCAACUUACACUCUUUUUAGAAUGACUUCGUUGGAGUUCAAAAAGCUUACGGCUCUUCUCUGGAAGAAUUUCACUUUAAAGAGGCGGAAAUAUAUGAGCUUAGUUAUGGAGAUACUCUUAACAGUUCUGUUUGGUAUUUCACUUUUGGGACUACGCAAUGUUCUUUUUAUGAAGAAGAUUGGACCCUUCAGUUUUACUGCUUUUCCUGUUAAUCAUACACCUUCAUUCAUUGGAGCACCUGUCACUUUUCCUUAUCCUUGGGAACUGGCUUACGUGCCUUCCAACAGUACUGUGGUACAGAAUAUUGUUGCAAAUGUUAAAAAGGACUUAAACACCAAUAUGCAAGUUGUAGGCUUUUCUUCGGAAAGCAAGUUUGAUAAUUACGUUAAACAAAUUAAUAACUCUGAAAAGGUUCUGGCUGCUAUUGUUUUUGACCAUGAUUUCCAAAGUAACAGUGAUACUCUGCCACUUAAGGUAAAAUAUUAUUUGCGUUUUAGUUAUUUCAAAAAGAACAAAAAGAGUGAUAAUUAUUUUAAACCGGAUGGCUGGUUCACAGAUUCUCUCUUUCCAUUAUUUUCUCCGUUGGGACCCAGAAAUGGCAAUGCUAAAGAUGGGGGCAGUCCUGGAUACAUCAGUGAAGGGUUCCUGCUUGUACAACAUGCCUUGGAUAAGGCCAUCAUGCUGCAUCAUAGUGGCACUGCUGCAGAAACACUGUUUAAUAGUGUCAACAUUUUUGUUCAGAGAUUUCCAUACCCAGUAUAUGAUAUUGAUAUAUUCAGUAAAAUUGCUGUUAUUUUCAUCCCUGUAAUAAUUGCGUGUAUCUUCUCCAUGAAUCAUCUUACCUUACUUCAGUCCAUUGUAUGGGAAAAGGAAAAUCAAUUAAAGGAGUUCCAGCUCAUAAUUGGACUCAGUAAUUGGAUGCUCUGGACUGCCUAUUUCAUCACAUACCUCUUUUUCUAUCUUUUUAACAUCAUCUUUAUGUGCAUUAUUUUGUUUGUCAAGGUUGAACCUCUACCAAUCUUCCAGUACAGUGACCCAAGUCUUGUCUUCAUCUUUUUGCUGUUUUAUGCCAUCUCUGUAAUAUUCUUCAGCUUUAUGAUUAGCACAUUCUUUGAUAAAGCCACUGUUGCUGUUUUUUUUGGAAGUUUCAUUUUUUUAAUCAUGUAUAUUCCAUAUACUUUAUUACUGACUGGCUAUGAGAAGCUGCGAUUCCAGCAGAAGAUGAGAUACUGCCUCAGCUUUAAUGUUGCCAUGGCAAUGGGAUUUAAAUUUCUAGUUGAGGCAGAAAAAAUGAAAACAGGAAUUAAAUGGAGUAACAUCUUCUCAUCAAAGGGUCCUGACAAUUUUUUAUUUGCUUAUGUGAUGGGAAUGCUUUUACUUGACUCUUUCUUGUAUGGUCUUGUGGCCUGGUAUAUAGAAGCUGUCUUUCCAGGGAAAUAUGGUGUGCCCAAACCAUGGAACUUUUUCAUGAGGCAUUCUUACUGGUCUGGAAAAAAACAUUCAAUAAAAGGUGAAACAAUUCAAUAUGAGACGACAAUUCAAAGCCAAUAUUUUGAAGAUGAGCCUACUGACUUGGUGGCAGGUAUCCAGAUCAAACAUUUGCACAAGGUAUUCAAAAAGAAUAAUACUACCAAAGUAGCUGUAAAGGACUUGUCUUUGAAUUUAUAUGAGGGACAGAUCACCGUUCUUCUAGGACAUAAUGGAGCAGGAAAAUCCACUACUCUAUCCAUUCUCUCAGGUCUCUAUCCUGCUACCAGUGGAAAGGCCUAUGUUAGUGGAUAUGACGUAUCACAGGAUAUGGACCAAAUCAGGAAAUCCUUCGGCAUGUGUCCCCAGCAGAACCUGUUGUUUGAUUACUUGACAGUAUCAGAACACCUUUAUUUUUAUUGUAUAAUCAAAGGAGUGCCUUACAAAAUGUGUCUUAAAGAAAUUGCUCACAUGCUGUCAGUUUUUAAACUGCUAGAUAAACAGACUGAAUUUUCGAAGUCACUGAGUGGUGGAAUGAAGCGCAAACUCUCCCUCAUGAUAGCACUUAUAGGGGGUUCUAAGGUGUUGAUAAUUGAUGAGCCAACAUCUGACAUGGACCCACUCUCCAGAAGGGCCACCUGGGAUCUCCUUCAGAAUUAUAAAAAAGAUCGUACCAUCCUGCUGACCACCCAAUACAUGGAUGAAGCUGACGUGCUGGGUGACCGCAUAGCCAUCGUGGUCAAGGGAUCCCUGAAGUGCUGUGGUUCUUCAAUGUUCCUGAAACGCUUAUAUGGUGUGGGAUACCACAUAGUCCUGGUAAAGGCACCUCACUGUGAUGUUGAAGAAAUCUCAAAACUGAUUCAUUAUUAUGCACCAAAAGCCAUUUUGGAGAGCAAUGUUGGAACUGAGUUAUCAUUUAUUCUACCCAAAGAGUACACUGACAGGUUUGAAGAACUGUUUACUACUCUGGAAAAGAGACAGGAAGAACUGGGCAUUAAUGACUUUGGGGCCUCUGUCACUACCAUGGAAGAAGUCUUCCUUAAGGUCACUCAUAUGGAUUCACAAACAAAUAUCGAAGCUCACCGAUCUCUGUCACAAAGACGCAAAGUCCUCUCUACGAGGCACAAUAUUAAUAUGUCAAGUAAUGUUGGAAGAGCACAUUCUCUGAAUGAAAAUACUACUGUGUUUAAUACUGGGUGUUCCCUCUACCGUCAGCAAUUCUAUGCAAUGUUCCUAAAGAAGCUGUUGUUCACCUGGCGCAACUGGAAGCUGAUUUUGUUACAGAUUCUUGGACUUUUAGUCCCCACUGUCCUUCUCUUCCGAAAUUAUGACCUUCAAAUAACUAAUGAAAAGACAUCCAGGCAAAUGAAUUUGAGUGAAUAUGGCCAAACUAUUGUGCCUUACUCUAUUUCUGGGAAUUCUGAUUUAACUACAAGUUUCUUAAAACACCUUGAGAGUAUGGUAACAUCUGAAAACCACAUACUGAGGGAAGUACAAGGUAGCCUACUGAAAUACUUGAGGGAAAAUAAAGAGUGUGUUUUUAAGUGUAUUAUUGCACUUUCCAUUGAGGUGAGAUCAAAUAAAACCAUCCUUACUGCUUUGUUCAACAAUCAAGCAUAUCAUUCACCAUCUCUGUCCCUAUCAGUGUUAGACAACAUUCUUUUCAUGUCACUUUCUGGUGCUGACGCUUCUUUAACAGUCAUCAACAAACCUCAACCAUUCUCUGUGAAGAAAAACAGUGAAAGGACUGAGAGGACUGUAAAUGGACAGCAGGUAGCCAUAAAAUUACAGUUGGGCUUAGCAUUUUUAGUAAGUGGCUUUUGCUUUCUGACAGUGGCUGAGAGGAUCACUAAGUCAAAGCACAUCCAGUUUUUGAGCGGGGUCUCUACCCUUGUGUACUGGCUUUCUGCUCUACUAUAUGACUUCAUCAUCUUCUUUAUUUCCUGCUGCUUACUACUGGGAAUAUUCAAAUAUUAUAAUAUUGAUAUUUAUAUCAUGGAUUACCACUUUCUGGAAACAAUGUUGAUCUUUGUGCUGUAUGGCUGGUCUUCCAUUCCCCUCAUAUACCUGAUGAGCUUCCUAUUUUCUGAAAGUACUUCUGCAUACAUCAAACUCAUCCUGUUCAACUACAUCUCAGGCACUUACAGUAUCCUCAUAGAGCAAUUAUUAAGUGGCGAAAUGCAAACUACCAUGUCUAAUGCCACUCAAACCUUUCUGCGUAAUACAUUACUGCUCUUUCCCAAUUACAACCUUGUGAAGUGCAUCAGUGACUAUACUGUUGUCUACAAAAUGAAGAUUUUGUGCAGCCAGAAAAAUCACUUCCUAAAUUGUAGUAAAGAAAAUACUGAGAAGAGUAUUUAUUCUUUGGAAAAUCAUAUGAUUGGAAAAUGUUUGAUUAUUAUGAGUAUCUUAGGCUUUGUUUUCCUUAUCUUCAUUUUUCUUUGGGAGAAUGCUUUGUGGAGAUUGAGAAUAUUUAUCCACCAGUACAUUUACUUUGGUAUCUAUAAGAAAUACAAGAAGAAUUUCAUCUCCAAGGAAUUAUCAGGGAAAUUUGAAGAUAAAGAUGUUCAAAAUGAGAGAACAAAAAUUUUGAAACAUCCUCAAGAAGUGAUGAAAUCUCCUUUGCUUAUUAAAGAACUCAUGAAGAUAUACUUUAAAUAUCCAGUAAUUCUGGCUGUGAAAAAUAUCUCCCUUGCAGUCCAAAAGAGGGAGUGCUUCGGAUUACUUGGAUUUAAUGGGGCAGGAAAAACAACCACAUUUGAAAUUUUGACUGGUGAGCUUAGUCCUACCUCUGGGGAUGUGUUCAUUGAUGGCUUUAACAUCACCAAAAAUAACCUAAAGGUGAGGUCAAGAAUUGGCUAUUGUCCUCAGUGUGAUGCUUUGUUGGAAUAUAUGACUGGUCGGGAGAUAAUAACCAUGUAUGCCAGAGUAUGGGGAGUCGCUGAACACCAGAUUCCGGUAUAUGUGAAAAAACAUUUGAAUUCACUGGAACUGGAGCCUCAUGCCAACAAUCUUAUCAGCACCUACAGUGGAGGAAACAAACGUAGGCUGAAUGCUGUUAUUGCUGUAAUGGGAAAGUCCUCAGUUGUCUUCUUGGAUGAGCCAUCAACUGGCAUGGAUCCAGUGGCUCGACGCCUGCUCUGGAACACAGUGAUAAACAUACGUGAAGGUGGAAAAGCUGUCGUCAUAACGUCUCAUAGCAUGGAGGAAUGUGAGGCCCUCUGUACCAGGCUAGCCAUCAUGGUGAAGGGGACAUUCAUGUGUUUGGGAAGCCCUCAGUAUCUCAAGAACAAAUUUGGCAAUUUUUAUAUUCUGAAGGUCAAGCUCAAGACUCCAGAUAAACUACAGGAUUUUAAAAAUUUCAUCACAAUGACAUUUCCAGAUAGUAUCUUAAAGGAGGAGAAUCAAGGGAUCCUUACCUACUACAUUCCACGCAAGGACAAUAGCUGGGGAAAGGUGUUUGGCAUUUUGGAAAAAGUCAAAGGGCAAUUUGAUUUAGAAGACUAUUCUAUUGGUCAGAUAACCCUGGAACAAGUCUUUCUGACCUUUGCUAACCCUCGUAACACAGCAGAUGAUUUUGAAGAAAAGGUGCCAUGAGAUUCAGUAGCAACCAUGUGACUCCUGCGUCUUUCUUCAGUGAUACCUGGAAAUUCCUACGUUCAUACAUCUUGUCAAUAUUUUAUGUAAUAAAGAUUUCCUCCCAU